UAAAAUCCUACAUUAACAUUGAUUUAUUCUGUCAAGGUUUGACCGAAAAACAUUAAAACUAGAAUUAACAACAGCUACAUUUUCUUGGCCCAAUUUUGUGUUUCAGUUAAGACAAAAUCAUCCAGCUAAGUCCAGUCUUUAAUUUAAUACAUUAAAGCUCAAUACACAGACAGACAGAUGCAGUGGGUGUGACGUCUAUUUAAACAUAAAAUAAAGAAAAUGUCUUACAAAUUCGUAGGACAAACUUUUAACAUCCUUUAUUGUUCCUAGAAAGAACAACAAAGACAAGAAUUAAGCAAUUAUUGAUGCGCCCACAUUGCAUCAUCACGCAAGGUGCCGUAAUAAAAUUCCCGAAGGAAUUCUACCCCACAUCGGGUUGCAUAAUAGCCGUGACAUGUGUCUUAAGAACUAGUCUGACCAACUAGCAAUUAGUUAGGGCUAACCAGUCUCACUAUUUUGAUUUAAAAUCGACCAAUCCACCUCUUUAUGUAACAUAUCCUACUUAAAGUUAUGAUCCGUCAGAAAAAAGAGACCUGAUUUAUUUUUAGAGCUAUUGUCUUAGAAGUUUAUGCAAUCGGCCUCAGGUAACACAUGAAAGUGAAAAUAAAAAGCUUUGUAUUUAAACAACACCGGAAACAAUUCGAAAUUACCACCGACAUGAUCGUGUAAUGACAUCACUAAAUACAAAACAAAACAAAUACUUAAAUAUUUUCUAUCACUCCCAACUAUUAAAUCUAAUCUGAUAUAUAUUGUAUGAUACCUAAACGAAAAUAGGUCACUUGUCAUAUUAAAGUCAUAUUUUUGUGAUAGACCGUUUGCUAAAAUCAUCCUAUGUAAGGGACCAAAAUAUAACCUUAAUACCUUUUAAUAAUGACUGAGUAAGUUCAUGUCACAGUUUGAAAUCAAUAACUGAAAUCAAAAAGCUCCUAAUCUGCAUUCUCAUGAAUUGCGUCUAAAAGGGCUGGUUAUAAAAAUCCCUGUUGGACUCAAGGGAAUUGGUGAGGUAAUAUCACUCUCAUUGAUGUUUUCAAGGUGAGAUAAUGAAAGAGUUGCACGUGACUACGUAUUUCACUUUCUUCUUUUGAAAAUUCCUGCCGGGCUUCCCGCCUCCUACAUGGAAUGCAAAUUUGCAUCUAUGAGCGACCAACAGCUCUUGAAAACAACAAUCGGACUUCUACAUAAACUGGGUCAUAGGAAACCUUAUAUGAAAUGUUAUAGGGAGGUGGGAAUAACUUCUUUUGAUCUCUCAUCGAGCCUUCCAGAAAAGGCGCAAGAAAUGCAGCCAGCACUGAAGAUAGCAUUCAAUCACACCUUUGAGAUUUUUAAGAAGAAAAGCCACGGCCACUGGAAUUCUACUGCCCUCAAUGAUUUAAUGACGUUCCUUCACAUGCAAAAUAAAACAUAUGAAAAUUCCAAGGUAAGCUCUGAACUUGAGACGCUUGAGACGCUGGUCAAAAACUUUAAGAAGCUCGAUCAGUUUCUCACAGAGCAGAAUUUCAGCAAGUGCGCGUGGGAGAUUGUGCGCAAUGAGAUUUUGGGCGUCAUGGAUACAUUCAGAAAAAAACUGUGAACUUUUAAUUUAUAAUAAUUUAAUUUAUAUUAUUUAUGUUAUUUUAUUUAUUAAUAGGCUAAUAUUAUUUGCUUCCAUUUGCACUAUUUGUAAAGUGAGUAAACGAAUGUAUAUGUACAAAUGAAUGAAGUUGCAACUGACUAAACUUCAUGGUUCGUCUUAGACUGACCAUACAAUGAAGAAAUAUAAUGAAUGUAACCUGGAAAUGAAUGUAUAAUUUAAACAAAUGUUUUGGACAAAUAAAACAAUGUGCAAUAUGUAAAUGUCACUUUUUUUUACAAUAAAUAAAAUGUCAAUGUAAACCUGCAGUGUCUCUUAAAUCGUUAUUUGAUUACACCAUUUAAUAUUCAGGGAAGCCGGGGCAAGUUUUCACACUGUUCAUUGUUAAAUCUAUUUUGGGGUAGUUUUGUCAGACAAAAAAGUUUGUUUUGUUUUACUUAUGUGACAACUUUCCCGUGACCCGCUCCGGUCUGGCUAGGCUACUUAUAAUGUAUAAUAUUGUUUAAGGUUUGAACGCUCUGGUUUUGUGCAUUAUUCCGUAGAAAUGUAGACCGACAGCUGUGAUCGAAAGCGAUCAAACGAGAUAGGUAUCGAUGAGUAAAUUAGCGGACGAAACUCGCAACCCACUAACACGCAGAUGUUUUCUCCCCAUCACAUUCUCACUUUUUUGGAUAUAAUACGCUGAAUCAAUAUUGUAUACUUCUCUAAAACACACUGAUUAAAAUUGGGGUGCAGUGAAAACAAAAAUUCUCGUCUGCUCAUUGUUUUAGUGGUAUGCAAAGGAAAAGCUGGCGUCUUCAAAGCUUAGUCGAACACACGGUACACAGCAGAAGAAUAAUAAUUCAUUAAAUACACUCUUUCUGUGCCAUUAUCGCUCAAUAUAAAUUGAUAACUUGUGUAAUUAAUUGAUUGGCUUUCAUUAUUGGAUUAUUUUUUGAUUGUCAUUGAUGGA